AUGCCGUUGGGAUUGAUAACCGGGAUAGGGAGGGCGAUGAGGAGGAAGCGAACUUCGUCGUUGGACAUUCUAUCCUCAAAACGUGCUCCCCGUGAUUAUUACAAGGGAAAGAAUUGCAAGCCCACUGGUUUUCACACUCGCAAAGGAGGGUAUGUUGUUGUUCCGGAGAAACUGCCCAACUAUAUAGUCCCAGAUUUGACUGACUUCAAGCUCAAACCAUACGUGUCUCAAUGUCCAACGGAGGUUAAAACAACUGAAGCGUCUGAGCCUGCUAAGUAG